GUCGGCUCACCUCCACAGGCCCAACACGCCUCUUCGGGCGGUUCUGCCAUUGUCUUUCUCCGAACUUCGUUACGACCUCCCGCCUCCGUUCCCUCUAACCUUCAAGCUUCAUAUCUGAACUCCGUAUCACGACCCCUACGACAAUAUAGACGAUGUCGGGCGACAAGGAUAAGGGCCCCGUGAACGUGAAGCUGCUCCUCAUCGGGAACUCGUCGGUGGGGAAGAGUAGCCUGCUCCUGCGGUUCUCGGACGAGCAGUGGCUGCCAGAGGACGAGUCGAGCGCCACUAUUGGGGUGGACUUCAGGGUGCACAAGAUGGAGGUCAAGGGGCGGAGGGUGAAGCUCAGCAUCUGGGACACUGCGGGCCAGGAGCGCUUCCGGACGAUAACCUCCUCGUACUACCGAGGGGCACAGGGCAUCAUCCUCGUGUACGACGUCGCAAACCGCGAGUCGUUUGACGCGCUUCCACGGUGGUACUCUGAGCUGGAGACGUACGUCUCGAAGUCGGUGGUGAAGAUCAUCGUCGGGAACAAAGUUGACAAGGAAUUCUCUCGCCAGGUCACGUACGCAGAAGGCGAGCGCUUUGCGGAGCGGAUGAAUUCGCUCUUCAUCGAGGCUUCAGCGAAGACGGCCACGGGUGUCAAGGAGGCGUUCCAGCAGGUGGUCGAGAGAAUAAUCGACACGCCGGAGCUAUGGGCCCCUGUGACCAAGAAGCCUGGCGUUGGUGUAGGCGGCACGGACAACGGGAGCAUGCCUGGCAGCAUUAACCUCUCGGAGACGCAGGCCGAUGCCAACGGGAGUGGUGGAUGUGGCUGCUGAACUCGCCUCCGGGACUCUGACUCUGGGCAGUUGCAUGGCCCGUGCUCUUCGUUAUGUGCUGUGCUGUAUUGAGCUGGUGUACGAUCUGUGGAUACCUGUGUAUAGUUAUUGGACCCUUUACGUUCAAGACUUGCUCGUAUCAUCGUGAUCGCGGAAUGGAUGGGACCUCAGGGAUAUGAAAGACAUAUACAGGCGUCCACUCUGGACCUACCUCCUUGUCUGUCAGCCUCCGAGUGCAUUGCCAAUGCUUCAAAAGCGCACAUUGGAGUAGAAGGGGGUAUUGCACCACUUGCAGUUCAGCCUUAAUCCUGAGGAGGGCCAGGAGCCUCAAGUUCACACUGGCAAUACGCCAAAUAUGCAAAUAAUAAUCCGGAAAAUGUGAAGUCAGAGUAUGUCUGCGUGCCAUGGCCACUGGA